AUGUCCAAUUCAUAUCUUUAUGUUGAUCUUCCUAUUAUAGACAUUUAUGAACCAUUACAAUCAUCUUCUUUAACAACUCUCUCUAAAUCUUGCAAAGAUUGGGGAUUUUUCCACAUAAUUAAUCAUGAGAUAUCAAAAGAUCUUUGUAACCAACUUCAUUCAUUAUCUAAAUUAAUCUUUAAUCUUCCUUCUGAUACUAAGCUUAAACUUGGUCCUUUCUCUUCUAUAAAAUCUUACACACCUCACUUCAUUGCUUCUCCAUUCUUUGAAAGCCUUAGAGUUGAUGGACCUAACUUCUAUGUAUCUGCUAAGAGUUCUGAAGAUGUUUUGUUUGAGAAACAGAAUUCUAAAUUCAGGUAA